AUGACAACAAGUCUAACACAACCGCCAAGGCCUACCUCCGCCUUCUGGGAGCGUGAAGGGGCCCUUAGGAAAGAAGAGAGGCUGGCUAGUUGCCUGCCAGUGGUUUUUGGUUACGACCGCUGUCGCAGUUGGCGUUGCAACCGUGCAAAAUCACUUCAGUCUUAUAAACAUUUGCUACAUUGUUGUUUUGCAGAUUCAAGUCCAUUAGGGCUCCAACCCAUCGAUUUUAUACCCGAGGCUCCUCAAAGGUGGACCGAGGGGGGAAAUGGAGAGGAAAUCCCUGUGGUCAUCAUGGCAUCUGAUGACAGGCUAGGUGGUGUAAUAGCAGCCAUGAACAGUAUUCAGCAGAACACUAAAUCCAAUGUAGCCUUUCAUAUUGUUACUCUGAAUGACACAGUGGACCACUUGAGGACAUGGCUUAGUAAAACCCAAUUGAAAAACGUGAAAUAUCGGAUUCUGGAUUUUGAUCCUCGUGUACUGGAUGGAAAAGUGAAGGUAGAUUCAGAAGUGCCAGACGCCAUAAAACCUCUAACCUUUGCCAGAUUCUAUCUCCCUAACUGGGUCCCUAAUGCAGAAAAAGUCAUUUAUUUGGAUGACGAUGUGAUUGUACAAGAUGAUAUCCUUGAGCUUUACAACACUCCACUUCAGCAGGGCCACGCAGCUGCAUUCUCGGAUGACUGUGACUCUACCUCGAAUAAAUUUGCCAUCCGGGGAGCAGGAAACCAGUAUAAUUACAUUGGGUAUCUUGAUUAUAAAAAAGAAGCAAUCCGGAAACUGUCCAUGAAAGCAAGCACUUGCUCUUUCAAUCCAGGUGUCUUUGUUGCGAAUCUAACAGAAUGGAAAUUACAGAAUAUCACUAAGCAGCUGGAGAACUGGAUGACACUUAAUGUCGUGGAGGGAAUAUACAGUCGGACUCUUGCAGGCAGCAUUACUGCACCUCCGCUGCUCAUUGUAUUUUAUAAACGACAUUCAAAUAUUGAUCCAAUGUGGAAUGUGCGCCACCUUGGUUCAAGUGCAGGCAAAAGAUACUCACCACAGUUUGUGAAAGCUGCCAAACUACUCCACUGGAAUGGGCAUUUCAAACCCUGGGGCAGGACAGCAUCUUAUGCUGAUGUCUGGGAAAAAUGGUACAUUCCUGACCCAACCGGCAAAUUCAACUUGGUUCGGAGGCAUACUGAUAUGUAUGAAGCAAAAUAAGGUGGAUUUGAUGCUUUUGCAUUUUCUCAGGACAUUUACCAAAGUGCAGCACAGUCUGGAAUUCACCAAGCAAAGAAGCACGUACUUGAAAGGUGCACGCUUAUGUGAGGCAUCUCCUUGUCUUCCAAUCUAAGGAGCACAUGAGAUCCUCUUAUGAACUAGUAUUUUGGAUUAUAUGGAUUCUUCAAGGCUAACUUUCUGGAAUAUAUCCCGCCUUUAGCAUGGUGAUGGCCACACCUCUUGCACAGGAACCCGUGUUUCUUAAAAGCUGCUGUUCUUCCUUUUGCUUAACCUGCAAGUACAAGUUUUUGUGCUAGACCUUUCCUUCUCCUGAAAGAUUUAUUCAGUUUCUUACAGCAGUGGACUUCAUCUGGGUCUUCUAAAAACCAUUGAGUAAACUGUUUCAAGAAACUAUCAACACUAAAGCAACUACUUUCUAUAAAAUCGUGAAACUAAUCAAGCUUCUAAUGAAUUGGUUGUAUAUAUGCAAUCCUUUUGUUAUUUUGUGAACAGUGUUGUAUUUUAUAAGCUGGUUCAAGCUAUUGUCUGCUCAAAGUGGAGAUUUAAAAAAUGUAAAGGGCUUGGGGAAAUUGCAAGGCGUGGUCCAUGACACUUUAGCUGCCAAGACUUAAUGCUGAUGGCUGUCCUGUAUAGCAGAAGCAAGGAAUCCCAGGCCUGGAGAUCAGAUUUGUCCCACCUGGAAUCCUACCUGUUUGCUGCUAGAGUGAAAGUAUAUUGCAGGGGUGAGGGAACUUUUUAACCUUUUACCCCCCCAAAAAAUGUAUAUACACCGACAUUACCCCCUUAAUUUGAA